UCCUCUCGUCACUUUUGAUCACGUACAGUAAAGUUCAAUAAUAAAUAUUCAUCUCUCGUUUUCACUUGCAAAGUCUUUAUAAUUAUUAAUACACAACAGUAUAUAUAUUCUAGCUCUAGCUUAGUUCUGUUUACAUUCUGGUUUCAAACCCCAUUAAAUUUGUAUAUAUAUUCUUCCAUCAAUAAAUUUAACAUUUUAUCUAAAAAUAAAUUACUAAAUUCGUUACGUUUAAACCGAUUCUAUUAGAGCAUGAUUAGCCUGAGAUUUUUAGGAUAGAAAACUGUUUCUUAACUUUUAACUAAAAAAAAAUUAAGAACCCAAGAAACAGUUUCUUAAUUUCAACUAAAAACUCACUCAACUCCGCGUUAAUCAUGGUCUUAUAGGGAAAGAUCUAACAGAGUUUGUCUGGUAAAUAAUAAAUUUGGAAGCGGUUAAAAAUAUGGCCAGCCGAGUCAUCCCUAGUCACGCGGGAAAACUCGCUUGUGGCGGCGCGUGUCGCAGUAAACUUAGCUAUUUAGUAGUUUAGUAAUAAUCAAUCGGCCGCGACUCAGAGCUUCUUCUGGGUCUUCGCAUCAAGUAAACUUGUCGUCGCCACGAGGCUUUCUUCUUCGUCUUCGAGAAUCUCUUAAGGACAAGAGUGCUGUGCUGAAUCGGGUGUUUAUAUAACAAGCUUGUCAUGGGUGGAGUUUGCUUUACUGAACUUUGGAGUCCUGAAAAACCAAGUGAUCUUUCUUGUGAAUCAAAGCCGCACACAAGAAGGAUGAGCUUUGCGUGCCUUGUGUGUCACAGUGUAGAGAGCCCGUCCCACUCGUUUAGAAGCUACUCUGUAUCUAGCUCAGACAACGAAGGAAGAUGCUCCGUGAUUGCUAGCUGCCUCACUAGAAAAUCACUCAUUCAAGCUGCAAGAUCCAACACUUUCCCUGCAUCUUCCUCAAAGGUAACACCACAGCCAAAUUUCCAGGCAGGUGAUCUGAUGAUAACACAAAGAGCUUCGCCACGGUUAGUGCGAAGCCGUGCAGGGAGAAGAGACUGGAACUUCAACGAAAUCGAGGCAGGGCCUUAAAACCAAAUCUGACUCUCUUCUCUUAUAGACUAGUGUUAGUUUGUUCAUCAUUCGGGAGAUCUUAGCCAUCUAUCUUCUGAGUUCUGCUCAAACGAUCUUACAUUCAUCACUUGUCAAAUUUUGUACUCUUCUCACUACUUCUUUAUAGCCCAAUAAAUCUAUAAUAUUAUCUUUCAUGUU